AAAUAAAACUUUUAAAAAAAUUUAAAAAAUAAAAUUUAAAAUACAUAUUUUAAAUAUAAAAAAAAUGUGAUAAAAAACCUGUGAAUUUUAAAAAAAAAUACAAUUAAUGUACAUACAUACAUAUAAAAUAAAUAUAAAAUGAAACUUCAAUCGUCAAAUUUGUCAUUUAAUAUAAAAAAAAAUAAUGAAAAAAAUAUAAAAAAUAAUGUUUUAAAAUUCUUUCAAAAAUUUCAAGAAGGAAACAUAUAAAAUUCAAUCAAUAGAAAUAAAAGAAAUAUGUAUGACGAAUGAAUUGUUUUUAUGAAUGAUGAACUUAUAAAAAUUAAAGAAAAUAAAAUGUUAGAACCAAUUUUAUCAACAUCAUCAUUGUCAUCAUCAUCAUCAUCAUUAUAUAAUAUGCCCUCACCAUUGUCGUCAUAUGAAAAAUCAAAUAAUAUUAUUAAUAUAGAUGCUACAACUACAACCACAAUAAAUUCUUCUAGUGUAAUGCAAGCAAAAGAAAAUUUUUUCAUUUCAAAUUUUACAACAGUGCCAACUUUAACAAUGUUAAAUGAAACAAUAAAUACAACAUUUAGUAAUUCAAAUGAUAUUUUUCAUAUAAGAACGAUAUUUGAAACGAAUAGUCAAUUUUAUGAUGAUGAUAUGCAAUUAGAUCGUUGUCAUCCAGACAGUUUAGAUUUUAAUUGUACAAGAGAAGAAUUUUUAGAAUUUGUUAUGGGACCACAAAUGCUACCAAUAACCACAGCACUUUUGGUCACAAUAUUUUUUGUUGGGAUUUUUGUUACUGGAGUGGUCGGAAAUGUUAUUGUUUGCGUGGUUAUUGUGAGGCAAUCUGCGCUUCAUACAGCCACCAAUUAUUAUUUAUUUAGUCUAGCUGUAUCAGAUUUGAUGUUCCUUUUACUGGGUUUACCAUUGGAAAUCAGUUUAUAUUGGCAUCAAUAUCCAUAUAAUUUGGGUCUACCAUUUUGUAAAAUUCGAGCUUUAAUAUCCGAAGCAUCGACAUAUGUGUCGGUGUUAACAAUAGUGGCAUUUUCAAUGGAAAGAUUUUUAGCGAUUUGUCAUCCUUUACAUUUGUAUACAAUGAGCGGUUUCAAAAGAGCAUUAAGGAUAAUAGCUGCUCUCUGGAUAAUAAGCUUUUUAAGUGCUGUGCCUUUUGCAGUAUUCACAAGAAUAGAUUACAUUAAAUAUCCCCCUGAUAAUUCAACUAUAUAUGAGUCUGCUUUCUGUGCAAUGUUAGAUAAUCCUCCAGGGUUUCCAUUAUGGGAAUUUUCAACUGUGGUAUUUUUUGGUAUUCCAAUGAUUCUUAUAUUAAUAUUAUAUGGAAGAAUGGGAUGGCAAAUAAGAACAAGAACAAAAAAUAGUAAAAAUCUGGGUGUAACACAAGGAUCUAUGCAUAAAGAAUCUAGGCAACAUCAAUCAAGGAAAGCUAUAAUCAGAAUGUUAGCCGCUGUUGUUAUAACAUUUUUUGUAUGUUGGGCGCCUUUUCAUGCACAACGAUUAAUGUAUUUGUAUGGAAGAGAGUGGCCAUAUUUUCAGGAUUUACAUCCUUGGCUUUUCUCAGUAGCUGGAUGGCUUUAUUAUGUGUCAUGCACUAUCAACCCAAUAUUAUACAAUGUGAUGUCACAUCGUUAUAGAGUUGCUUUUAAAGAAACUUUAUGCGGCAAACGAAAAACUAGCUAUUAUCGUCAUACAAAUGGAUUUGCAAGAGACCAAAGCAGUUUUAGAGAAACUAUGGCAAGUACAGCAGGAUGUGAAGAUGCUCAUUUGGUACGUGUGCGAUCCGUGAGAAAUUCUCAUUACAUUAAGGAUUCAAUUAAAGUGAAUAAUGUUCUAUGGAAGAAUAGUAAUAAUAGUAGCAGUAGCACCAAUAACACAACAACAACCACAACAACAACAAUAGCAACAGAAUCUUCGAAAAUAAUUAAAACCAAAAAGGAAGAUGAACCCAAAUCAAUUAAUAAUACGAAUUCAAAUAGUGUUGUCAUUGUUGACAAUAAUAUUAAUGGUAGACCAAAGGUCUUAACAACAAACGAAGCUCAAGAAAACAAUUUGCUCAAGAAGGAUGAAACUUAUAUUUAACGAAUUAAAAGGAUUCAAAUUAUUUACAAAUAAAAAUUAUAAAUACUUACUUAUAAAAUAAAUGAUAAAUAAUAGAAUAAGGAAAAAAAAAACAUAAAAACACGAAAAAAAAAUUAACAGUUAAUAAAAUUUUUUUAUAUAAUGUUAAAACAAAACGAACAAAGAGUAGGUAUAGAAUGAAAAGAAAAAACAAUAAUAUUGUAUAAGGAGAAUAUUAUGAAUUAUAGAUAUAAAGUAUAAAAGAGACAAGUAUAUUAUGGUAUUGAUAGAGUAAAUCGAAAGCAAACGAAUCCUAAUUGAUCGAGUUCUUAAUUUUUUUUAAUAAUUUUUUUUUAAUUUCAUUAGGAUUUUCUAAUAUUCGCAACUUCAUCGAGCUUUAUGUUAAUUGGUUUUUAUAUUUCAUAUUCUGCAAAGUUACAUUCACAAUGAUUGAAGCUGUUUAUCGGAAUAAAUUCUGGCUACUCCGCUUAUAAAACUACUAAAAUUGGAAUUUUAUUUUUGACCUAAAAUUAAUGCAAUAAAUCUUUAAUUUUUAAUUUAUUUUUCACAUAUUUUAAAAUAUCAAAAAGAACUUACAAUCCUUUUGAACGUGUAAAAUCAACUUUUGGUUUCUUUUACUAACGCUUUAUAUUUUAUUGUAAAAAAUUGCAUAUUGAGAACGGUUAUCAAAACUUCAUAAUUUGUAAGUUAAACGCUUAUGAAAUUAAAUUUUUAUGUAUUGAAUUAUUCUUGUUCUUAUAUGUUUUACUUCAAGUACAUUUUGGAAGUGCUCAAAAAGCAGAAAAUCUUAUUAAAUUAUUUUGCAACAAUAAUAUUACUGUGUGUGUACUAUAUGAAAUGAUAUAAGCGUAGAAUAAAGAAGUACUAAAAGUUAAUACCGAAAAAAGGAAACAAUCUAAAAACAUGCUUACAUAAUAAAUACAUAUGUAUGCAUAUAAAAAUAUAUACACAUUCUUAAAAAAUAAUAAAAAUGCUAGACAUUAUAUACUGCCUAGGAUUGACUUUUAUUUUUAUUUUAGGUCCUUAAGGUCAA